AUGCUGAGGGAGACCCAGAUGGCCGGCGCGAGGAUCAACAACCUCACACUGUCGUCGGCAACCUUUGGCGGUGGCAUCUUCUUGGACAUCCCGCUCCACAAAGCGGCGCAGGGGGGGCAGCAGGAGCUGACACGACGCUCGCUUCGAUGCGUCUAUGCGGCGGCCAUCCACCUCUUGUACCCGGCCUGCGCGGCCCGAUGCGAGUUCGGCGGUGGAACGCUACACCCAGGCACCAGCGGCAUCCCCGGCGGGGCCAUAGCCUACGAAGAGGGAGAACAGCUGGGAGGUGGUCGCCCUUCCGGACGCACAGGCGGAAGAGGACGACGUGCUCGGGUGGUGAUGAACUUUUGGACUAAGGUGCUACGCCUAGCGGGACUCGACGAGGAUAAUCUGGAGCGCCACGAGUGGGUGGCGAAGUGUGGCUGGCCCUACGGGGUGCGCCAGUUGUUGGGCUUGUCGGGGCGGGGGCCCGGAGAGGUGUUGUUAGGCACGGGCCGAUAUGAGGAGAAGACGGUGGACGGCGUCAAGAGGGUGUUCCCGGUGGACGCCAAUGUGGCCGAUGCGGUCUCCCGUGACGACUUUGCUCGUGCCCGACGCGAGGGCUGGACUGGGGUCCAGACCCCGGCAUCCGAGACCAUGUGCAUCCCUGCCAAGUCUGUCGGCGACUUCUUCUACCUUGUGGACGAAGCGGCGCUCGACCUGGUGUCCUGUUCUCCCGCCUGGCUUGCUGAGCCGGUGCGUUGUGUGGCAAGGUGCGCCGGGUGGUGCUGA